AUGUGGAAUCCACUGUAUUCGGUCGGCUCUUAUUUCGCCAACAAGUAUCAGCGCGCUUUUCUGAUAACGUAUGCGACGCUCCUGGGUUUUAUCGGCGCUGUCAGUCUGCUGUUGAUUCACGCUCACCACUACCUGGAGCAGCCGUCUUGCGGCGACGAGCACAAUGGGCCAAAGUCGCUUAAUUGCUAUUUCGCUGGCAUCACGCUGUCGAUCUCCAAAGAGCUGAUCAUGUUCAGCCUGAUCAUCCUCGGCUUCGUUUUGCCCCAUGCGACUCACAUCCUUCUACAGAUAUGCGUCGCGGUCUGGCAACACAAGAAGUCUAUCGCCGUCGGUACGGUGUGGGCUGUUGUUUUUGUGGUUGCGAAGCUGGCCAACGACGCCGGUCUGAUGAUACUGGAAGGUUUCGUGACUCAAGCCGCCAAUAUGACUGUGCCGAGUACUGGAGAAGGCAUUUCGUGGAGUCCGGCCGAGCCGUUGUGA